ACACGCAGUGCUCAUUGUAGUUCAGGUUGUUAUUAGUAGCUCACUUCCUAAUUAUGAGGCGCGCACGCUGUGCCGUUUUGAGAGGAAAACGACAAUGACCCAGAAGCAAACAAUCGACUGGCUGCGCGGCGAGAAGCGCCUCCGUCGGGAGCUGUCGGCGGAGGAGCAUGCCAAAGUGCACGCACUGUACUCGGCCAAGCUUCUCUCUGAGAGCCUGCAGAUGCUGAAAGCGAGCCGGGAGUCGCUGCGCAACACCACCAACUGGGACCGGCUCACCAAUGUUCUCGGAUUGCUAAAGUCUGUCGCCAGGGCCGCUGACGUGCUGGCUGAGGGACUUUGUAUUCCCUCCGGAUCGCUGUGGGGGAGUUUUGGUUUGGUCGUCGAGGUGGUUUCGGGCAACCAAAAGUAUCUAGACUACGUGCUUCAUCUCUACGAGGAUCUCCUUCGGCGACUCCCCCGCGUCGAAUCCUACCCGCCCCAAGCGCUGCAGAGUUCGGCACUUCGGCUCGCCCUCUUUGACGUCUAUGAACUGCACCACUCGCUGGCGGUUCGAUGUGUCAAGACGUUUGGUCGCGCCUCCAAGCCCGGCAUUCUCGCCAGAAUCCGAUGGAUAUUAGACAGUCCCAUCUUCGAACAGGAGCUGCGACAGCUCAAUUAUCUCCUCCGCAGAGUGGACGAGGAGGCCGGUCAUGCCCUGCAGCUUGAGAAGGCAGCGGCGGAAGAGCGCAGACACGCUGAGCUUGUCCAAAAGCAGGAGGGCAUCCUCGCCGCGCUGACCGACAAGGGGUCCAGCAAGAUGCGCCAGGUGCAUAUUACCGAGCGAUUCACCGUGCCGUGGACGCGCAGCCGGUCCUUCAUCGGGCGCGAGUCCAUCCUGGCCGAGAUCCAUUCCCACCUGGCCCCGGACGGCGAGGCAGCGGCAGCGGCAGCGGCAGUGGCCUCCCACCAGCGCUCGGUUGCCAUCUGCGGGCUCGGCGGCAUCGGCAAGACCCAGAUCGCGCUCGAGUACGCCCACCUCCACAAGGACAGCUAUCAGGCCUGCUUCUGGGUGACUUGCGAUGUGAGGGUCAAGAUCACGACCGCCUUCUCCGAGAUGGCGAGAGUGCUAGACUUCGACGACCUCGGCACCGACCAGAACAUCAUGAACGUGAUGGACUGGCUCAAAACAACCGCCGACAAGUGGUUGCUGAUCUUUGACAAUGCCGAGGAGCCCCAGUCGCUUGAGGGAUUCUGGCCGCCGUCCAGCAAUGGAUCCAUACUCCUGACAUCGCAAGAUACGAGCUGGAUAGGACAGGACACGAUCAACCACGGGAUCAACCUCGGCUCUUUAGAUGCCGACGACGGCGUGAAGCUGCUGCGAGGCAUCUUUUCCCGCUGGAAGCGGACCAUCUCUCGCGAGGCGGCCGAGCGGAUCGUGCACGAGACCGGCGGUCUCCCCCUGGCCAUUCGCCAGAUCGGGUCGUACAUCUGCUCGAUCGGCACGGAACCGGAGGAGUUUAUUUCCCGGUACAGCGAGGUUCAGAGCUCGACGGGGGUCGAACAUUGGAGCGAGGGCACCCAGCUAUCCUACUCCCGCACGCUUGCCACUUUCCUCGACUUCUCUUUCGGCAAGCUUGGCCGGCAGGCGCUGACGGCGCUCGGCGUGUUCUGCUUCCUGGAUGUAGACAACGUCUGGGCCGAGAUACUGAGCGGGUCGUCAUCGGGAGCGCCGGGACCGCCGGGACAUCUGUUCCAUGCUGACAGUCCCGAGUAAGUAUUAAUUAUUGCUCUGUUGGUAUUAAUUAUUAUUUCAACACCACCUUGUUUUUUUUUUCAACUUUCUGGGGUGGAAAACCGGUUGGGAUGUGUGAAUUGCUUGGCUGACCUAAGGACUGUUAAAUUAUUAAUUUUACCUCUAAUUAGGAACGUGCGUGCUCUGUCCCGUCACUCUCUAAUUUACGGCAAGAGAAC